CGCGCCUGUCUACUCGCUAUGGCCGCAGGGGAGCAGGAUGCUGCGUUUGCAGGCCUGCUGCUCUCCACAUUAAACCCUGCUCAGCAGCGGGACGCCGAGCGGCAGCUGCGAGAGGCAGAAGAUAGGGAUCCGUUCGGGUUCGGCGUCCUGUGCGCCAGGGCUUUGGCGUCUCAGGGGAACCAAGUGUUGGUGCGCCAGCUUGCGGGACUCUGCCUCAAGAACACCUUCGCGACGAACCGCACUGGCGGGCUCGACAUGGAGCGCCGGCAGCGGUACUUCAAUUUUCCGGCGGAGUCCAAGGCCGUGGUCAGGGAGGCGGUGGUCGUGGCCCUGCAGGACCCCAAUCGUGAAGUGUGGUCGUCCGCCGCCGUGGUGAUCGCGAAGCUCGGCGCGGUAGACAUGCAGGACGGCCAGUGGCCCGACCUCAUGCCAACGCUGCAGCGCUGGGCCGAGAGUGGCAGCGCGAGGGUCGCGGCGCUGAGAGUGCUGGGGUACCUGGCAGAGGAGUGGUGGUCUAUCAUGCCGCCCCACCGCCUGCAGGAGCAGUUCGGAACAGAGGUGGGCGUGAUGCUGCAGGCGUGCGCCAGGUCCAUGGGCGACGGCAACCCUGCCGACGUGCGGCUCGGCGCCACGGAGGCGCUCUUUCUGGUCCUGGGCUGCGCGCGCAACGUGCUGGAGAGCUCGGAGUCCUCCGGGCAGGUGAUACAGGUCAUCCUGCAGAACUGCCAGGCCGCGGGGGGCCAGCAGCUGGCGGCCGCCUCGCUGCUCUGCCUCGGCCGCAUCGCGUGCGAGUUCUACGACCUGGUGGCGCCCCACCUCGGCAGCAUCGCCUCCACCUCCUGGGCGGCGAUGAAGGACGGCUCCGAGCAGGUGGCGGUGGUCGGC